GGGGGUAUAAAACAUGAUUUUGUAAUUCUAAUGUUAAACUAACUUGAAAAACAUGGAUUAUGACAAUGAUUUGUUUUUGUCGGUAUCAUCUCAUUUAAAAGACAGAGAUUCGGAAGCCAAAAUGACACAUUGUACAGAGGUAUAUCCUGACCUUUUUGUUGGCACUGAUAUGCAGUCAGAAAAUAAGAAGGAACUUAUUAUCAUGGGCAUUACUGAUGUUAUAAGUUUUGAUGUACAUUAUUUAAGUACGAAUUUCUACCGAGAUUCAGGAAUAAACUAUCACCCCGUGGAUAUAUCUGAUGAAGCAGAACCAACAAGAAAUUAUAUUCCUUUGUUUUUGGAAACAGCAGACCUAAUAGAUAGAAUUAUCAGGAAAGGAGGUAAAGCAUUUUUGUUCUGUAACGCUGGAUACAGAAAAGCUCCUGCAGUAGCAAUAGCUUAUCUAAUGUCAAAACGACGAAUGACAUUGACAGAAGCCUCCAUACAAAUAGCCAAAAUACGUAGGAUCUUACCUCACGAUGGACUCAUUAAGCAACUGUGUGCCUUAAACAGGAAGCUGUAUGGGUCAUAGCAUAACACAUACAUUAUUAUAUACCAUUAUAUGGAUUUUGUGAACUUUUAUGCUUAUGCUUUUAAGUAAAGUGUUUACUAACAAUUCUUACACAAAUGUGAGCAUCUACAUUCAACAUGACAUUAUUGCCCAGAUGACAACAAGAACUUUUUAUUUGUUAUAAAAAAUAAAAUGUUUAUAUCAUUUUUUU